GGCUUCUUCCUGCCCAUCCGGGCCUUCGCAGAGAACCUGGGCACCAUCCUGGUUUUUGCGGUGGUGGGGACGCUGUGGAACGCCUUCUUCAUCGGCGGGAUGAUGUUCGCCGUGUGUCAGAUCGAAGCAGCCCAGGUCGGCCAUGUUGACCUGCUGUCUUGUCUGCUGUUCGGCUCCAUCGUCUCGGCCGUGGACCCCGUGGCGGUGCUGGCCGUGUUUGAAGAAAUCCACAUCAACGAGCUGCUGCACAUCCUGGUGUUUGGAGAGUCGCUUCUGAAUGACGCUGUGACUGUGGUUCUGUAUCACCUGUUUGAGGAGUUUUCCCAUGCAGGAACUGUUACCGUUGGCGACGCCUUCCUGGGCGUGGUCUCUUUCUUCGUAGUUUCGCUCGGUGGCAUCCUGGUAGGUGUCAUCUACGGCGUCCUGGGGGCCUUCACGUCCCGCUUCACCUCGCACACCCGUGUCAUCGAGCCCCUGUUUGUCUUCCUCUACAGCUACAUGGCCUACCUCUCUGCAGAGGUCUUCCAUCUGUCAGGCAUCAUGUCGUUGAUUGCCUGUGGUGUGAUCAUGCGGCCGUACGUGGAGGCCAACAUCUCCCACAAGUCGUACACCACCGUCAAAUACUUCCUGAAGAUGUGGAGCAGUGUGAGCGAGACGCUGAUCUUCAUCUUCCUCGGGGUGUCCACAGUGGAGGGCCCCCACAGAUGGAACUGGACCUUUGUGAUCUUCACACUCGUUUUCUGUCUCCUCUCCAGAGUCUUGGGCGUCGUUGGUCUCACAUUCAUUAUUAAUAAGUUUCGUGUUGUGAAGCUGACCAAAAAAGACCAGUUCAUUGUGGCCUACGGUGGCCUGCGAGGUGCAAUUGCCUUCUCUCUCGGUUUCCUUCUGACCCACGAGAUGAAGGACCUGUUCCUCACCGCCAUCAUCACGGUCGUCUUCUUCACCGUCUUUGUGCAGGGGAUGACCAUCAGGCCUCUGGUGGAGCUCCUCGCUGUGAAGAAGAAGAAGGAGAGCAAAGCGUCUAUAAACGAGGAGAUCCACACACAGUUCCUGGAUCACCUGCUGACAGGAAUCGGGGACAUAUGUGGACAUUAUGGACACCAUCACUGGAAGGACAAGUUACUUCGCUUCAACAAGACGUACAUGAAGAAGUGGCUGAUCGCCGGCGAGCGCUACAACGAGCCGCAGCUCAUCUCGUUCUACAACAAGCUGGAGAUGAAGCAGGCCAUGAUGCUGGUGGAGAGCGGGAACGCCGCCAAGCUGCCGUCCGUCGCUGCGGCCCAAAUCAACCAGCAACAGAAGGAAGAGGCCCGACCACGAGCGAUCCCGCGGAUCUCAAAGACCCGCGAGGCCGAGAUCCGGAAGAUCCUGCGGGCCAACCUGCAGAACACCCGGCAAAGGCUGCGCUCGUACAGCAGACACGACCUCUUCAUGGACCCGUUUGAGGACGACAUGAGUGAAGUUCGCUUCAGGAAGCAGAGAGUGGAGAUGGAGAGGAGG